AUUGAUUGCCUUUCCUGUAGUGAUAGUCGCUGCUUAUGUAACGACGUACCGAAAAUUCGGUAUUUCUAUUUUUAAAUAAUUUCUGUUGCCCCUCUACACACUUAAGCAAUUUAAUACAAUUGAGGCAUAAUUUCAUUAAUACCACAACAUCUAAGUGUCUUGCUCCAUUUUGCAAUGGCAAGUCAAACUCAAGGCAUUCAGCAGUUGCUGACUGCUGAAAAAAGGGCAGCUGAAAAAGUCGCCGAAGCCAGGAAACGAAAAGCGCGCAGAAUUAAGCAAGCGAGAGAGGAAGCCCAGGCGGAAAUUGAAAAUUACAGAAAAGAAAGAGAGAGGCAAUUUAGGGAGUACGAGGCCAAACAUUUGGGCUCGAAGGAGGACAUCGCCGCCAGAAUUGAUAAAAACACCGAACAGAUCAUCAUUGGGGUGGAAAAUGACGUGAAAACCAACAAAGAAAAGGUUUUGGCCGAUUUGCUCUAUUUGGUGCUGAAUGUGCGGCCUGAGGUGCAUCCCAACUACAAGAUAAUGAGAGUCUUCGGGAAAAUCUAACUUGCAGCUUCUGACACAAUUUUUCGGUACUGUUUAGCACAACUCUAUCAUUGUUACUCCAGCUUGUUUAAUAUAAAUAACAGUUUCUUGUUUCUCAUGAUAAUAAAUUCAUUGGUGUUGA